AUGGUUGACCGUUAUAUUAUAUAUGUUUUUGAUCGUGACACGACAUUACCGCGAACGACAUUACCGCGAACGACUUUACCGCGAACGACAUUACCGCGAACGACAUUACCGCGAACGACGUUACCGCGAACGACAUUACCGCGAAUACAGAAAACGACAUUACCGCGAAUGCAAAAAACGACAUUACCGCGAAUACAAAAAACGACAUUACCGCGAACGACAUUACCGCGAAUACAAAAAACGACAUUACCGCGAAUGCAAAAAAUGACAUUACCGCGAAUGCACAGAAAACGACAUUACCGCGAAUACAAAAAAACGACAUUACAGUGA